AAAGUAUACAGAAAUCGAUAUCAGUGAUGGCGAGACUCAAACGCUGUAAAAGCAGCAGGAAGUCUUUCCUCCGUCGCUUCUUUCGUUCUGUCCUCGGACUCGGUGAAUACAUACAUGGGAAGUAGAUCUGGGGAGUCAGCCACUGGAGAUCCACAGAGUCCAUCGGGUUUUGGUGGUAGUAGCAACAGGAAUACCAGUAGCUUCCUGUGCAACAUAUGCUUGGAUCCCGCUCAAGAGCCCGUCGUCACCCUCUGCGGUCACCUUUUCUGCUGGCCCUGCCUGUAUGAAUGGCUUCAUGGCCACUCCAGCUCUUCCGAGUGUCCCGUCUGCAAGGCCACUGUUGAGGAGGUGGAUAUUAUCCCACUGUACAGUGGAGGAAAUAGCCCCGCCGACCCACAGUCCAGGUCGAUCGAUGGUACCGACAUUCCCAGCCGACCGGCAGCUGGUCGGAGGUCGGCAAGAGCCCAACAACCACAACCUGACAUGACCAGUUUCCAUCAGCACAACGUGAACCAUGUCCAUCACCUCAACAACCAUUACCCAUGGCCAGUGGGCUGGAAUCAGGUGGCUGGCAUGAGGCAUGGUGACUUCUCAUUUCCGGCAGCAACUGCCGGUGGUGUUCCUGCUUCUUUGCACCAAGGUUAUGCCAAUGUGUUUCACUGUUGGAAUGCUCAUGGAAUCCACCAAGGUCAUGGCCAGCUUGCUCAUGGGUUCUACCAGGGUCAUGGACAUCAUGCUCAUGGGUUCUGGCGACACCCAAAUCAUAGACAACGGGCUAAUGUCAUCUGGAACAUGCUUUUCUUCUUGUUUGUGGCGCUGGCAAUUGCUAAUACAGUAUCACGGAUGCUUCUGUAAAUGUUUGAUCCUUUCACAUAUGCCCGCAUCAUCAUUAUCGAUUCACAGAAGUCUGAUCAACUGGUGUCCGGUUGAGGUUGAAAUAAGGUUUUGUUUAGGUUAAAUUGCACUAUCUCUUUACCUUUCCCUUAUUUGUGACUCAAUCUUAAAGAUUACAAAAGCAUGUACUUAUUGGAUCCAUUUUUUCUUUUUUGAGGUGAGUAACUUUUUUCUU